GUCAAGUUUUAAAGGAGUCACUUCUCUGAACAGAGGAGCGGAAGACACACACUCUUGCAGCCGAAAAACAGCUCCUAUUCUCGGAUACAGACCCCCCAGAGGAGCCCGGUCCAGGAGGAAUCCCCGGUUAUAUGUGCCAGGUUUUUCUAACGGAUGACUUGCAGAUUCAACAUGGCAGCCUACGCCUUUUUGAGAAGAAAUAAGACAUCCAUUGUGGACACUUUGGGUCUAGACUACACGCUAAUCCUCAACAUCGUUUAUGAGAACAAGUUGAUAACUGCACGUGAGUACAACAAUCUGGAACGGCCCAGAAAGAAGUCCAAAGUGAACCACCUGAACGUUGGGAAGUUGGUGGAUAAGAUCAUGAACAAAGGAGAGAAGAACUGCCAAGCCUUCCUGAAGCUCCUGCAAAUAGAUGGGGUCCAGGUCCAGGAGACUUACCCUGAGCAGAAGAACAUACUGGAGGACGAGCAGUACGAGUUGAAAAGCCAGCCCACUGGCCUCUGCCUGAUCAUAAACAACAAACAUUUUGUUAGUGGUGACGUGAGACGUGGAACCGAUAAAGAUGCUGAAAGAUUGGCAGAGGUGUUCAGCUGGCUGGGGUUCAGAGUGCUGAUGUGUAAAGACCAAACCAAGGACCAGAUGGAGCAAGCGCUGAAAUGCUUUGCUUCUCAGUGCGACCUUUCUCAGCUGCAGGAGUUCAAGGUCAAGGAGUGGAACCCUAACCCUCGCAGCAGAUUCACCAAUCUUCGAGAGGCUCCUCAGCAUGGCGAUGCCUUCAUCUGCUGUGUUCUCAGUCACGGAGACAAGGGUGUCGUAUUGGGGGUUGAUUGGCAGCCCCUCCGUAUCAAACAAAUAACGAGAACCUUCAUGGCAACUCCUCAAUCUCCCCUCAAGGCCAAGCCCAAAGUGUUCCUGAUCCAGGCCUGCCAGGGGCGGCAGAUACAUCCUAUGGUGGAAUCAAGCCGUCCGCUUAACUCUGACUCGACACCGCCGGCUGAUGGCUCUCCCUCGUCAUCCAUCCCUCAGGAAGCAGAUUUUCUAGUUCAUAGUUCCACUGUUCAAGAGUGUUAUGCUAAUAGAGACCCAAUGAAGGGGAGCGUGUUCAUCCAAUCUGUCUGUAACCAGCUAAUAGAGGGCUGUGAGAGGAAGGAAGACAUUGAAGUCAUACUCCGCCGCGUGAACAAGGAAGUAGCCGGGAAAGAGCGUGUUUUGAUCCGUGGUCCAGUAAAGCAGAUGCCCAAAAUUUGGCACACCCUGAGGAAGCGUCUUGUGUUGACUCCUCGCAACUGAAGCCUCAUCGCCAAAAACACAAUAAGAUUUCUCAAGUUUUUAUUUUUCACUGGAGCUUUCUACAACCAGAAGCCCUACAUGCCGGAGCCUCUGCCGGACUCUGGGGACAUCUGCACACCUACACAUAGGAUAAUAAUGAUCAACCGUAUGUUUACUCCAUCCUCAACACAAGUAUACAAGUGUUCAUAAAGUACCUUUAAAACAAACAUCUAUUCACUAUUAUGUCUUAGGGUAAUAAAUUCAAGCAUGACCCGUAGCCUACAGAACUAGUACAUGUAUAUGAAAGCCGUUAAGUAACUGAGUGAUGAGGGGGAAAUCAAUUACCGUUGUUUGUAAAGUUUCCUGGACUCAUGGAGGACUUUAGAACGGAUUCAACACAUGGAGGAAUAAACAGGAUUUCUGGGCGGGGACGUUUUUUUUAAUAUUACGAUCUAUUGGCUUCACUGGUGCGAUAGGCGGAACUAAUGUUACUCUGCAUUCUGCAGGGGUCUGCAGUCAGACCCCUUUCAGCGGUACACCGCCACUGGCUGGCUGAAGCGCACAUGGAAAACCAUAACACCUGUGAGGCUAAGAAUCACAAAGAACGCAGGAAAUGGUUGUGUAAUGUGAAAGAAGAGAAAACUUCAGUGACCUGGAUCGAUUGAGUUUUUCAUUACAGUCAGUGUUGCAGAAAAUACUGUUAAUGUCCUUUAAUAAUAUUGUUACUUAGUUACUUAAAGCAUACUGUAAAUGACAAAAUAAAACUACUGAAACAAAGAACUGUCACUUAAGUUACUGAAUUAAAUACAUAAACAAAUACCAAUAACUAUAUUUUAUGUUUAUUUUAACCCGUGUUUAUUGUGCCCAGGGCCGGU